CUGCGGGUGUGUGUGUUUUGGCGGGAUGGGAGGGAGUUUUCGGGUUGGUCUCUCAUCAGAGAGAGAGAGGGAUUACAUCACCGCCCUGUUGGAUAUUUGGGUGCAGUCAGAGGCGCCUUCAGUUUGGCUGCAGGAGGACCAGAGGCAGCAGGAGCCGGUGCGCCAACAUGCGGACUGAGAGCAGCGACCUGCGGGGCGCUGAGCUGUCUCACCGGGACCUGCUGACCGGGGAGGCUCGGGGCUGAGUCUGGGUCAUGGACUGUGAAGUUACGCGGGGAAAUCCCUCUCCUGCUACCUCUCUCCCUCUCUCUCUCUCUCUCUCACUGUCCGACCUGCCAGCUGCAGUCUGAAAGUUGCUGAGAAGUUUUGGAGCGCGUCGCGCCGCGGUUAGUCUCCCGGUGCGAGCGGUGCGUCUGCUGCGCGCUCUCAGCUCAGACUUGGAUACUGUCCCUUCAGACAAUCCGAGGGGAACCCGGAGCGCCUUUCUCUUCUUUGUGAAGGAUUAUUUCUCAAUAUUCUGACUAAUCGAGCCCGGGAACUUGUGCACAGAGGAGAUGGAUAACUCCUGUUAUUUCUUGGCUGUGUUUAUGCUCGUACUCUCUCUGGGCUUCAGGAUAGAGGAGGGCAUGUGCCAACACUACUAUCUCAUCCGCCCCAUUCCCAGCGACACUCUACCCGUAUUGGACCUAAAGGAGGACCCGGAUCCAGUGCUGGACCCUAAGGAGAAGGACCUGAACGAGACGGAGCUCAGGAGCGUCCUGGGCAGCCACUUCGACCCGCACUUCAUGUCCGUCUCCCCGCCGGAGGACAAAUACGCGGGGAACGAGGAUGUGAGCGACGCGGAGAUGCGGCAGAAGCUCUCCGGAGCGAUGCCCAAAGAGAUCCGGGCCAUGGAGUUCGAAGUCCAGCACGGCAAGAAGCAGAAGCCGAGCAAAAAACUCCGGAGAAGGCUGCAACUGUGGCUGUGGUCAUACGCCUUCUGCCCGGUUGUUUACGCAUGGAACGACCUGGGCAGCAGAUUCUGGCCGCGCUACGUGAAGGUGGGGAGCUGCUACAAUAAGCGGUCUUGUUCGGUCCCUGAAGGGAUGGUCUGCAAACCUGCCAAAUCGACUCAUUUUACGAUCCUGCGAUGGCGCUGCCUGCAGAAAAAGGGGGGUCUGAAAUGCGCCUGGAUACCUGUUCAGUACCCCAUUAUAUCAGAGUGCAAAUGCUCCUGCCCGAACUGAGAAUGACUCUGUAGCUGCAAGUCAUUAAAGGAGGUUCAUUAUUAUUUUUUAUACACAAACAUACUGAUCUUUACAAGCCAUUCAAACUCCUCGUGACUCAUAAAAACUGUUUUUCUGGAAACAAAUGAUGAUUAAAAAAACAUUUUAUUCCAAAUCAAAUCAGAUUUUUCUGCAUUUUUUUAGAAUAUUUAUAUUAAAAAUCUGUAAAAUCUCAAACCAAAGAUUUUCAGACUGAACAUGAGAACAGAUGACUUGUUAAAAAUGGUUGUUGGUUUUUUUUGCAGUGCACUGUCCAGUGUAAGAAUGUAUAUUUGAUGUACAUGUUUUUAUUUUAUGACAGAACUUUGUAUAAAAAGGAAGGUCAGUAUUAUUAAUAUAAUCAAAUCUACUGUAUUUGUUUAAUGUAUCUUGAUUGUAUCUGUUUAUAUUUAUAAUGAAGAAUCAAAAUGUUCAUAGUGAAGCUUUUUAAAAUGACUUUAUGGAGCUCUGUGGGAAACAUGAAGAGUUCUGCUGCAACCUCAGAAACUGAAAUAAAUGAAAACCAGACUAAAAGCAUUAAUACAGACUGAUUAUUAUUAUUAUCAUGAUUAUUAUCAUUAUUAUUAUUAUUAUUGUUCAGUUUAAACCGGAACUCUUCAUCAUCAUUAUCAUCUUCACAUGCUGUAAAAUAAAAAGGGACAGCUGGUCUAUAAACCACGUGAAUUCGAACUCUGUGUCGCUUUAUUUAUUCUUCAUAAUAAGACAAAGUUAUUUAUAGAUCUGGGUCAAUGAUCAACGUUCACAUCAUUUCAUUAAGCACAGGUACUAAUACCACACUGUCAAAAUAAAAGUCCUGCAUGGAAACUGUCUCUUUAGUAAAACUAUCUGAGUGUAAUCAGGAAAAUGUACUUAGCAUUAAAGGUAGAAUCAUGUCCUCUGUGACUGUCAUAUAUUAAAUAAUGGAUCAGAAUACUUACUGCUGUAGUUGGUUUGGGUGGAGCUGGUUUUAACUUCUGCUGAUUAUUUUCUUGAUUAAUUAAUUGAUUGAUUGAUUGAAUGACUGGUUUGUAAAUGUUGAGACAUGUCGUCACAGUUACACAGAGCCCAACAUGAAACCUCCACAGCAUUCGUUUUGUGCAAUCAACAGUGAAAAUGUCAGAAUUAUUCCGAAUAAAUAAAAUGUUUUGCAUUAAAACGACUGAAACGAUGAUCAAAAGUUUCCAACCAAACCGUUUCAUUUCUAACAAAGCAUCAAAUUUUAUAAGCUCUUCAUAUGUUUUGUAUGUAAAACUCUUAAUUGGUAAAGUGUCAGAUUAAUGUAUUAAAUGUACAUUUUUUCCUCUGGAGGUAGGUGGAGUAGAAGCAGGAAGUAACGUCUGCUGAUUAUUUUCUUGAUUGAUUGAUUGAUUGAUUGAUUGA